GGCGGCUCCCCUGCGCCACAUGCCAAGGCAGCUGGACCCCCUUUCCGGCGCGGGCUCGAGCUGGCGACCGCGCGAAACCGGCGCGGGGAGUAACGAGGAGAGCCGCUUGGCGCCCCUGAGAAGCGCUGAGGGAAAACCCGACGUCCCUCUUUGGAGGCUAAGCCGCCUCCCCGCCCGCUUUGCCGACUCCACCCCCAGCGGCCGGUUUCCACGGGGACAAGAGCCCCGCGCCGGAGGCAGAAGGAGGCGGCUGAGGCGCCACCCGCAGCCGCCCUGCCUGGCUGGCUCCUGCGGGUCGCGGGCUGGAGAGGCGCCGCGCGGGACGGGGCUCCCUCGCGAACCGGGGCGCCCUUCUCCCCGCGCCGACGAGGAGCAUCCCGCUCUUCCCAGGCGCGGCCCCGGCAGUCUGGCCUCUGCCGCUUGGUGAGGAGAUUGAGCAUCUGUCUCCUAAGGUAGAAUCACUCUGCUGGAAGUGAAAUUGAUACUGCAUGUACACAGAAUCUGACAUUCUCACGACUUAAGCGGCUAACUUUCUAUGGAAGGACAAUGUCUGGCACUGUUGGUGAUGCUAAUAGCCCAAAUUCAGUCAAGGCCAAAGGAAUCCCAUUACAUUCUGUAGCUGGUGCUAGCAUGGGCUUUCAGCAGCCCAACAAGUCACUAAGCAGAGGAUAUCAUUCAAUUCAGAGACUCUCUAGCGUGAGCUAUCCAAGAACGGAACAAGAAACAAGUAACACAAAUGAACCACCACACAGAAAAUGUUUAAGCAGUACCUACAUAUCAAAAUUGGAUAAUCAACUACUUGAGGAUGCAAGCAUUCCUGAGACACAGAAACUGAGAAUGGUUGCAAGCUGGGCAGAAUUGUUUCAUGAUACAUCUGUUGUUUGGGACAACCUGCAGGAAGCUGGAAAAUCUACCUUGGAUUAUGAUACAGUGGUUCAAAACAGCAGUGGUGAAGAUGCCAUAAAUAAAAAUGCUGGCAAUUUGGAAAUGAAGUUAUUACAUGCACAUGUUUUAAAUCCUUUCAUAGCCUCUGAAAAUAGCUCGGCGCAUGCUGAAAGAUGUACUCCUCCUGUUUUUUUAUGUUGUAAUACAUCACCUCAUCCUUGCAAGAGUUCUGCUCAAGCAACUAAGCCUGAGAAAGAAGGAAGGGAUAUUAUGCUUUCCACCAACAUUUCAGAAGAAUGUGAAGUUGAGGGUGACAUGCAUAGUAGCACAAGAGAAGCCAGUUCUUUAAAUGCUCAUAAUGUAGAUGAUUCAUGUACAAUUACAGUGGACCUGCACAAAAAUGAAACUUUUUUUUGGCCUCCUCUCAGUGAUAGUUCAGAUGAGGAAUUUGCAGAUGUGAAGAUUGAUUGUCUAAAACUACCAGAGAGCAAGGAACACACAAGCCCUCUUAACAGUGAUGUUGAGGCAGAAAAUAUUAAACUCAUCAAUUUAUCUGUGCUGGAAGGCAGACACUCCUUCACAAAAAGUUCUGACAUCUGUGAAAAAUGGAAUCCAGGAACAGAAAAGCUCUUGGAGAUCAAAGAAUACGAAUGCAAAGAUUUCAUGUGGACUCUCAAACCUAAAGCUUCCAGUGGGACCAAUGAUGUUGGAGAGACUACAGACAGAAACAUCCCUUUUCAUCUCAAAGUAAAAAAAGAUGCAUUAAGGGAUGGGAGUUCAGACUUUCAGCCUCUAAAGAAAGGCAUCGAUCAGAGAAAUGCAUUUAAAUCUGAGCAUAUGCUAGGGAUGGUUAAAACUCUAGAAAGGAAGAAUAUCACAGAAGAACAAGCAAAUAGUACAUCUAAUGGAAACCACUGUCACAGAGAAGAAAGGGAAACAGAAUUUAAAUUCCUGAUGAAAGAUCCAGCCAUGCAAAUUAAGAGUUUCUGUGGGAACACAUUAAUGAACCCUUCAGAAAACAGUACUUCAGUCUGUUUGAAUCACAGUUAUAAAAGCACUUGCUUGGGCAGUAGUAGUGACCGUUUGUUAGACAUGCUUCUCCAGUUUACUGAUAGUGUAGAACCUAAGUCCAAUUCAGUUCCAAUAUAUGUGCACGGUGAUAUACAUGAAAAUGUUUCUGAGGGUGUUGCAAAAUCAGUAGUAGGUUCUAAAAAGAAUACAGAAGAAUUUCUUGUCCCAAGAAUAAAAGCUGAUGGUGAUGAGAAGCUAUUUUGGAAUGACAAAUCCCAGUUUGAUUCCAACCACAGUGAUAGUGUUUUGGCAAAAUAUUACUUCUAUUUGAGUUAUCUCAAUAAGUCCAAAAGGCUUCAGCAAGAGGUUGACGGCAAUCUUCUCUCUUGUCAACAACAUUUUGGAAUUUCUAAAGAAGCAAAAAUAUCCGCACUCGACUACCAUAAGGGUGGUAAUAUGUAUGAGCAUAAGACUACUGAAUAUACGAAGAAUGACGUAAGCUACUGUGAGGAUAAAAGUUCUGAGGUUAUAAAACAGCAAAGCCUUCCUGAAAAACAGGAAUCAAAGUCUUCUUUUUCAUGUAACAGUCCUGAACAUUUAUCUAGUCUAUUAUUGCCGGAAAAGAAACAAUUGGAGAAUGGACACAUUUUGAAAGGCAAGAAGCUUUUGGGGGCCAUGAAAAUCAGCACAGAUGCGCUUGGACUUAAGAGGUGUUCUGAGAGAUCCAGCACUGUAUGUUCAUCUUUCACACAGAGAGAGCUGAAGCCAAGAUCACAACAUACUCAAAGACCAGCACAGACCAGUGAAAGAACAAGGAAAGGAAGUUAUAAGUCUCAGAGCCGUCCAUCUUCAGGGACAGAACUCAGACAGGAGCACGAAACUGCUGUUAAAGAAUAUUAUGAAAUAAAUACAGAAUGGCAUAGUGACAGCAAGUUCUUACCAUGGCUCCUUCUUCCUGAUGAAUUGUGGCUUUGCAUCUUCUCUCUGCUGACUCAUAAAGAUAUUACUCGGGUUUCCCAAGUUUGUCAACGUUUUUAUCGGCUUGCAGGAGAUGAGUCCUUCUGGAAGGAGAUCCACCUGACGAACUGCCACUGCUUGAAUGAUGAGUGGUUGAUCAGUUUGGGGAGUCGCCACCCCCGAUGUUUCACUCUUGAUCAUUGCCACGAUGAAGCCCAGAGAAUUACUGAUGCGGGAUUAAAACAGUUCUUCCAGCACUGUGGAGAAUCUCUUAAGGAACUGAAUAUAAAAAGCUGCAGUGGUCCUGGAUUUAGAGGGGACAAAGUUCUGCUUUGUGCAAGCACCUUUUGCCAUAACCUGACAACUGUAGAUAUUAGCUGGACAGGAGCUACUGAUUCAGGACUCAUUGCCUUAGUAGCAUCAUCUGUAAGAUUGCAGUGCCUUUCUACUAAUGGUUGCCGGAUUACAGAUGAUGCAGUAACUGCCUUGAUUGAAAAGCAUGGGAAAAGCCUUAAGAAGCUGGAAAUACUUGGAUGCCAUGCUCUUACUGACAAAUGCUUGAGAUCCGUGGCUGUGAAGUGUCCAGAUCUAGAGGUGCUGAACAUUGGCAGAAUUCACAAGAUUACUGAGGAGUGCUUGGCGAAAGUCAUAAGCUCUAUGAAAAAGCUAACUAGUGUUAACCUUACGGGGCUCAAUAUGGUGAGGGAUUGUGUUGUACAUUUAAUUGUGAAGAAAUGUCCUAAAGUGGAAAGUUUGGUUCUCAAUUCAUGCUCCCAAGUAACUGAUAUAAGCCUUUUAGAAAUCAGCAUUGGCUUACCAACAAUCAGGUACCUGGAUGUUAGUGGCUGUAAAGAGGUCACUGACAUUGGAGUUCAAGCUUUGGCGGGGAGAUGCCGGAAGCUUUCUUUCCUUGAUUUAAGUUCCACUGCAACCAGCAAAAGAGGGGUUUGCCUGUUGGCUAGCUUCUGCUUCAGGACUUUGGAAUGUGUGAAGCUGAGUUUCUGCAAGAAUAUCUCCCUGGAUGCAGUUGUGAAAUUAUGCAAAAAUUGCAAAAGACUGAAGAUACUUCAUUUAUAUGGUUGCCACUUUGUGCCUGAUCUGGACUCCAUUAAAAGAAUCAAUAAAAACGUUGAAGUGCUGCAUGACCUGACAGCUACUAAAUUGUCAUCUGAAUGAGGAACUUCACAAAAAACAAUUUUGAUUCAGCAAAGAGAUAUUAUAUUAGUUUUUCCUGCUCAGAGUUUUAUUAAGAAGACGUACAAAUUUAUACUUGGGCAAGGUAUAGAAUCUACCUCUACUUAGCUUUAAUCCAGAUACUAUCUCUGCUGCUACUGUAUCUUCAAUAUCUGUGAAAUAAGAGAGGAGAAACGUGUCUACUUUGCACAAGGCUGUUGCAAGAGAUAGCGUUUAACAUAAUUUGAAAAAGUACAAUAAACAAUAAGCAUAAAUUGUGCUUAAAGUGUUUGACUUAA